AUGGCAGGGGCUGGUAGUACCAGCUCCUCAAUGACAUCGACCUCGCACACCUUAACCUACGCCCCCGAAAUGGCGUCGGCGUCGACAUCAUCCGAGCACGCCGCGAGGCAGGGCUUCCUCGCUGCCCUCGAGGUCGCCAACCGACACAAGUUCCUUCGACCUGAUCCGUCGACCCCCAAGCACUCCCUGGAGCUGGUCAAGAAGACGUUGGACGCCUUUGCUGGUCAGGUCUGCGACGAGCAGCACCAGCGCCUGCGCGAUGCCAACAGGAAACGGAAGCGCGCCGAGUUGGACCGCUCCGAAGUGCUUAAGAUUCGCAAGCUGCAUAUUGACGGUUUUGAGACGAGCCAGGUCUGGCAGCAGGCCAAGAGGAUCAUCUCGUCGGCAUUGUCCGAGUCGCAGGCCGCGUUGCAGGAGCUCGAGGAGAGUGGCGAGGUUGAGGAUGUUUCCAAAGAGAAGGCUUCUGCCGCGAAACUCAUGGAAUUCGGCGAGGAUGGUUUCGAGGUUGGUUCAGACGACUCGGAAGAAGAAUCGGACGCAUUCGGCUCUGCCUCUGGCAGUGACGAUGAUGAAGUGUCCGGAGCGUCCGAGGAUGAGUCCGAGUUAGAUGUUACCAAGGGCUCGGAUUCUGAACAAGAUGUUACGGAUGGGGAAAUGGAAGAUAUGGGCGAUGAGGACAACUACGAGGAGGAGGACGACUAUGAGGAAGACGGUCCCGAAGAAGAGUACGUCGAUGACCCUCAUGGCCUCAACGACGGGUUCUUUUCUCUCGAAAAUUUCAACAAGCAAACCCAAUGGUUCGAAGACCAAGAUGCUAGGGCAGACCCAAAUACCGAUGUUGUUAGCGACGAGGAGGAUGUUGACUGGCACGCGGACCCUAUGUCGCAACCGUCAAAGUCCAAAGAUGCCAAAACGAAGCCAUCUUCCAAGUCAAGGAAAAGCCUUCGACAGGAAGAGCCCCAAUCGGAUUUGGAUAACGACGACGAUGACGACGAUGAACAUGGCCCAACUUUCGGCGACAUGGAUCUGGAUGCUCCUGAGGGAGCAAGUGACGAUGAGUUUGGUGAGAAUGUCAACACUGGCAACGAUAAUGAGUUGACUGCGGACGACAUCUUCUACAAAGACUUCUUUGCGCCACCGGCAAAGAAGGCAAAGAAGGGAGAUAACCGACGCAACAAGGACUACAGGCCAAAACAGCCGAGAGAGUACGACGUGGAGGCCGCCAUGGAGGGCGUGAAGCGAGAUCUCUUUGAUGACAUGUCCGAGGCGUCUGGCUCAGAAGACGAGUUAUCCGAAGUGGAGGCUGGCGAUCCCAAGGCCCGCAAGUCGGCCCACGAAAGGCGUCAAGCAAAAAUCACAGAGGAGAUUCGGAAGCUGGAAGCUGCCCUGGUCAAGCCCAAGGAAUGGACCCUGGCCGGUGAAGCAGCAGCUCCCGAGCGGCCGGUCAAUUCAUUGCUGGAAGAGGAUCUUGAGUUUGAGCAUGUUGGCAAACCUGUCCCCGUCAUCACGGAGGAGGUUAGCGAGAGCAUUGAGGAGAUGAUCAAGCGUCGCAUUAUCGCCCAAGAAUUCGACGAGGUAAUACGACGCUUACCAGGCUCUGAUCUUCCUGCCAACACUCGCAGGGGACUCGUCGAGGUCGAUGACACCAAGGCGAAGCAGGGUCUGGCAGAGAUCUACGAGGAGGAGUAUGUCAAGAAUGCCAACCCAGACACGUAUGUUAGCCAGUCAGACGAGAAGCUUCGCAAAGAGGAGAAGGAGAUCGAGCAGAUGUGGAGGGAAGUCAGUGCAAAGCUGGAUGCGCUCAGCAGCUGGCACUACAAGCCGAAGCCUGCAGCGCCGUCGCUCACUGUCGUAUCAGAUGUCGCGACGGUGGCCAUGGAGGACGCACAGCCCACAACCGCACAGGGCGUCAACGGAGGGGCCAGCAUGAUGGCUCCCCAGGAGGUUUACAAGGCAGGCAAAGAAACGGCAGAGACGGGCGAGGUCGUAUCAAAGAGCGGUCUCCCUGUGGCCCGCCAGGAAAUGAGCCGAGAGGAGAAACUCAGGCGCCGUCGGAGAGAAAAGGAGAGGAUACGGAAAUCCGGGGCUGGUUCCGAUGGCAAGAAGCCUAUCGGAAAGAAGGCGCAGGAGCGCAAGCAGACAAUGUCAGACCUGCGGAAGGGCGGCGUCAUGGUCAUCAACAGACAAGGCGAGAUCAUGGAUGUCGACGGAAAUAAGCCAAAGGCCUCGAAGGCAGUUUCGAGUGGCAGCUUCAAGUUGUAA